AAAGUGAACUCAUGUCAAUACCUUGCCAAUAAAUCUUGACAACAUAAGCACUCAAUCAUUGUUGGGCACGUCACAGCUUGAUGUGAAUGCAAAGUAGACUUUAUUUUAAUACUAUACAUCACACACAACACAACAUGAUAUAAUCUUUAUUCUGAAGCUAUGGUUUGCGUUUAGGUUUCAACCAAAUAAUUUGAAGGCAUGAGUAUCCAUCACUAUUCACCAAUAUAUCUUAGCUUUUCCUCAUCAAAUUGUGUUGCAUAGGGGAGAAGGAACCUCUUCUUUAAACAGGCAUGCCUCCUCCUCCUCCUCCUUCUCUUUCACAGCCAUGGAAGAAUGGAACACGCUCGGCGCUGAUUGUGUGGUCAUAUCAUGCUGCUGCCAGUGCUUGCUGCUGCAGAUUCUCGUCUUUCUCAUGCUGAAGCUUCCCUGGAAGCUCAUCAGGAAAACAAGGGAAUAUGCUAAGAAAAAGCUUCGUCAGAGGAAGGGAAAUGAUGAUAAGAUGAAGAUAGAACUGGGUUGUUAUGAAGAUGUUCUUGUGAGAAUCCAUGAACAGUCUUUUCGGGUUCAAGAGAUGGCAGUGAGAGAUGGUGAAGGAUUCACUUCUGGUGGUUGCAUGGAUGAAGUUCAAAAGAUGAUGGAGGAGUUUUAUCAGAAGGGAGAGUUUGGAUUUGGAAGCUUCUGUGGUAGGGAAGAACCGUGUGAUCCUAAUCUUAGAGUUUGCAGACAAAAAAAAAAAAAUCCAACCAUCACACCGUUAUUUAUCUCGUAACCGUUUCGCACGCGCUUUCCACCUACCUUUGAACCGUUCCAAAUGCGAAACGUGAUGAAAGACCGAAGCUACCAUUCUUCUUCUCUCCAUCCGAAGAAUUGAAGAAACAAGAGCAG